AUGGCGGCUGCGUUAUAUGUAAAUUUUAGCACAUUUAUCGCUUUAUUUCUCGACUUGGUUAUAACUUGGACAUGUGGGACUUUGUGUGAGAGGUAAGCAAUAUAUGAUCUUUCAUAUCAGCCUAAGUUGUUCUGAACUCUGACUUCCCCUUUAAAUUUUGUUUUCGAGUUUGAAUUCCCGUUCUUGGGUAAGUUAAUUUCUUUAUUCUGGGCGAUUAAGGGGUUUGGCAGAGGCUCGUCUGCCGUAAGAUCUACUUUCUGUUUAAUUAGAGGAUUAGGCUGGGACUCGUCUGCCAUACGAUCGUCUGCCGUAAGAUCUACUUUCUGUUUAGUUUGAGAAUUAGGCUGGGGCACGUCUGCCGUAAAAUCAAUAUUACUUACAGACGGACUAACAUAUUGUGGUUAUCGUUAGGUAGAUUGUUAUCGAUAUUUCGAGGUGAACUCAAACUGUUUUUAUUCAAAUUAAUAGAUUGCUUGCGGUUACGCGUUGAUGGUUCUUUUGUAAUAUUAGAUAGGUUAAUCGCUCCACUGCUUUUGUUCCGAUACUCUUGGGACAUGAAAUGCACUAAUUUUUCAAGGUUCAAUAACCUUGACCUAAAGGAUAGAUUUUCUUCGCUAAGUCGGGAAAUAAUUUCGUCUUGAUUAUGUACAACGGCUUCCACAUCUACUAGUUUUACUCUUAGCGAGAUAAUAUCCGACUCAUGCUCGUUUUCAGACAUUGCGGCAAGCAUUCGUGAUUCUAAAAUCGUCAUAUCUAGUUUAAUACCCUCCAUAUCGGCGUUAAGAUGAGCACAAUUACAGUCAGAAAGCUCGGGUUCAUUCGUGCAAUACUUAUCUGUAGCAGCGUGUUCGGUGUCUUUAUUGUUUAAUUGACCAGUAACUAGUGCUAGAUGAAUCAGUUUUUCGUUGAUACUCUCCUUUAACUUCCCAUUUAGAGUUAUUGAACGA